ACCGACACACGAUCGGGCAGUAUUAGCACCCUUGGCCCUGCACUCCAACCGUCGUCUGCCCAGUCGAUCAGGCACCCGGCGAAUUGCAGUCAAGCUUGGAAGACCGCCUGCAGCCGUCAGUUUGGACCUCGAGUGAAAGACACUGCCGUUGCACUAGAUUCACCACUCGCCGACGACGCCGCCAGACAUCGCCAUGUGCAAACACGUACUCAACGCCCAGGUCUCGAUCCGCUCACCAUGCUGCAAAAAAUGGUUCGACUGCGCAGAGUGCCACCAAGAGCAGAGUGACCACCCGCUCAUGCAGACGUUUGAUAUGACGUUUAUCUGCAAAAAGUGCAAGAAGGCUUUCCGCAAGGAUGCGCGCGAGUUCGAGGACGCUGACGAGUACUGCCCGCACUGCGACAACCACUUUGUCUUAGAGGCCAAGACUCCAAAGGCCUCGCUACAGGUCGAGGGCGAGGAUGCACGCAUUGACUCCCGCAUGCUGAAGGAUGACCGUGUACGAGGCGAGGAGAUGCGCACUAUAUUCGAUGUCAAGGAGGCACCCAACAAGCUGGGUUGAGCCAGCCAGCCCAUGUCACAACACUGAAGUAGUACAAGCCAUCACACAUCACGCCUUGAGCGGGGGUUGGGCGAGGGACGCCGGACCAUGCACGUAUGCUAGAUGUCAUUCACAGCCACUAGCUGGUCGUAUCUGCCAUUCAUGUACAGAUUCAUAAGUCUACCACCUAGA